UCGCAGUCCACAGCUUUCCAGCACAAGGGCUCCCCUUUCCUUUGUCCACCAGUGUCGAGCCCCUCACGCUCUCAACAUCCAAAGGAAAGAGGCCCUUGUUCUGCUACUCCAGGUUGGGCAUCAGUUCUGGCAGGCUGUCAGAAAAGCCAAUUUGAGAGUUGCGCAAAGGCCGCCAGCAGAGGGUUAGAAGACGUGCGAGCAUCAUGGCACAUGCAAGCUCGAUAGCUGCGAUUGGAAGGCAUGGUCCAUUCUUUGGGUCUGUUCUGAAAGAUGUCAACCAGCACAAAGUGCAUGGAGAUGAUAUUCACCAGCAUUUGAGGCACAUGCUGCCUCGCUCUCGAGGUGUUGAUUCGUGUCUAUUUACGACAUCACGCUCAGCAUCAGCUACCUGGUCAGGAAGAGUACCUCAAGGUGGUGGUCAUACUAGAAGACUCAAGUUGCACAAGCUCAGUUUCUGCUCAAGGGGUAAAUCAUCAUCGAAGAAGCAAGGAACUGUGAGGUGCAACUCUAGUGCUCUAUCAGCUGGAGGUGGCGAGAUUCUGGGAAGUAGCAUGGAAGAGAUGGAACUACGGGGUGCACAGCAGAGGCAAACGCAGAGUGAGCCGUGGCAGGGGGACAGGCCGAUGAUUCUACCUCUGCUGCUGAGGGAAAAGAAGCCAGAACAUUUCGUCAAGGCCGCGGAGGGCCUCCUCAAAAUGGCCCGUCUCCAGAACUACUUCCCUUCCUUUCUUCUCGUUGUCCUUGGGGCCUGGAUGGCAUCCGGUCAUGACGCCAGAGUGAUUUUGAUGCCGAAGGUGUGGAUCACUGCCGCCUGUUCCGCUCUCAUAGCAGUUGCGUCCAUGCUGGCAAACGACGUGUUCGACUUCCGCUCCGGGACCGAUCAAGCGAACGAGCGGGACACGCCGCUGAUGACUGGGGAGGUCGCCCCAGAUGACGCUGAGCUCGCAGCGGGAUGCCUGUACGGAGCAGCCGUGAUCGGCAUCUGCUGCCUGGAGCCCAUGACGCUGCGGCUGCUCGUGGGGGGGGCUGCCGUGGCCACCUAUAUUUAUACCCCCUUCCUGAAAAGGCUGCUCGUGGUUAAGAACGUCAUUGUUGCGGCGAUCAUUGCUUCGUCGAUCCUGGCCGGGGGACUAGUGGCAGGCGGGGCAGCCGGGGUGGCACGGACUGGGCAGGUAUCGCUGUUCUUCUUCCUGUGCAUUCUGUGCCGGGAAAUUUUGAUGGACGUCGGGGACAUGGUCGGGGACAAAGCCGCGGGCGUCCGGACGGUCGCCGUCUGCUUCGGACGUCGGGUCGGGACGGCCGCUGCGGGCAUUGCGCUUGCCGCCGCCAACGCUGUCCUGAUUGGCAUUCUUGCGAAGACCCAAGCGGUAGCGGCCGCGGGGACCCUUCUCCUCCUCCCCCUGCACGCCAGGAUCUUUCAGCUGCUCCAAGGCGGGUCCGAUUUCACCGCUGACCGGCUGUCCCUUCUGCGAGGCGUGGUUGACCAGUCCAUGCUGUACAUAGGCGGCUCUGUUUUGCUUUUGGCAACAAUUGUGUGAGAGAACACCACAAAAUAUAGUGUAGGUCUGGAAUUGGUUGGUAUUUAUGAUGAGAUUGGAUCUGCUAAAUGUAGGGAGCAUUGCUGUUGGUAUAGGGACAGGCAGUGCGAGUGUGUCACAUAAUUGUGGCUCUCACAGUCGAUCCGAUUCAGGGAGUGCUUAGAUGUACAUACGAGGGAAGUGCAACAAGAUUCUUUGUGCGCAUAGCUGUGACGGCUGAACAAAACUUUAAAGCCGUGUGGUAGAAAUUGAUCUCCGAUAAAUCUAGGGUAGACGUUUGCGUGAGUAUAUAUUGUAGAUUGAGCUUUUGUGACGGUACUGACUGAGCCCACAAUUGUGCUAGGCAGAGAUCCUCGAUUUGACGGAAGUUGUUAUACACGGUACACAAGAAGCUCAAAACACGUGUCUCUAAGCAAAAUAGCCAUGCCCAGCAAUCUGGCUAUAUCGUAGUGGCCUCGUGUAUAGCCGUAAAAGCAUUAAGUGGGGUAAGGUACCGUCAGAAGUUGCCAGCCUGUGACGAAUGCGUGGC